AUGCAGGCAUUAGCGCGGACCGCUCGUGGUGAAGUCCUGUGGGUGGAUGCUGGGAAGGCAAAUAUAGGGUGCUUGUACCCUCCUGGCCAUGGAUGCGGAGGUUUAUGUGGACUGUUGCUGCCGUGGGUAGGCUUGUUCCUUGGAGGAGCUGAGAUACGAUUUGUUCAAAGGGGCCAGAGGCAAGGGCCUUGGGACUGGGAUUGCGUGGCCAAAUGGUCGAUAGUUGCUUACCCCGGAAUUCGGGUAUGUAGCGUGCGGAUGAUGAAUAGGAUUAUAAAUUUAUUAUCAAAUAACGAGUCAUAUAUCGCUGCUACUUACUACUAUGUAUUGAACCUUGCGCCAAACAGUACUACAAACGGUGUCGCCCACAAAUUUCUGCACACCUUCCUUCCAACUGUUGCGUUAUCAGGAAAUUCUGACGAAGACGAGGAUUACACAUCGGCUUUGCCACCUGACCUUACUGCCUCCCGCGCAGCUAGGCCUUCGUUGCCCUCAAAGAGCGAAUCGAAUACACCACUCCCAAAACGACACUAUGUAGGACCGUCAUUGCCUCACUCACAAGCUCUUUACGAUGAUGGCUCGUAUUUAGAUGUUGGGCCUCAACCACUUCCUACAGCUUAUGCUUCACAAAUAGAAGAAAAGUCAGGCGUGGAAGAGUUCUUGGAGAGGGAUGAAAGGAGACGGCAACUUCAGGAAGAGACGAGCAAGAUGAAAAAGCUUCAGCGGGAAGAGUGGAUGCUUGUGCCUCCACAAAGUGGCGACUUAUUGGCAUCACUUGACCCGACGAAAGCCAGGCCUCGUCAGUUCGCACGUAGCGCUGCGAGUGUCGUUGCUGUUUUCGUGUGUACUCGUAUCAUGUGUGUCGGGGCCGGCGUCCCUCGCCUUCUCACCAUAAGAAACGCUUCUUUUACCAAACCGCGAUGCAAUCCUGACAUCACUGAAUAG